UUCGCUAUCCGGAUCUAGGGUUUUUUUUUUUCUUUUUUCAAGACUCGUUCUUCACCAUCAUCAUCAUCAAGAUUAGAAACCCUAGCACCACCACUCACUGGUUAAUUUCAAUCAAAUAAAGCGGUAGAUCAUCGAGGAAGAAGGAGGAGAAGUUUUAUGAUCUAUCUAAGAAAAAACUUGUUCUUUUUUAAAUUUGUACAAAAAUCGGAUCAAAUCUUAAAAGCACCGAUGAUGAUCAAAAGAAACCUCAUGAUUUUUUUUUGUUAUAUUUGAUUUGACGAUGAUGAGAUGAGAUGAGAUGAGACACACAAUCGAAGCCAAGAACUGAGAUAUUUUUCUAUUUUUUUUUCGAAUUUCUUUUUUUGACAACUUUAUUUUUGGGGAGAUCUGAGAAGAAUAGAAAAUGUAUAAAACGGCGGUGUAUGAAGGAAAAGAAAAAUUGGGGGAAGUAGAGAUAUAUCCACAACAAGGAGAAGAAGAAAAGAACAAGAAAGUGUUCGAUGAAAUCAGAAUAAGUUACUACACGGAAGCGAGUGAGAGAUGUCCACCCCUGGCAGUGCUACAUACCAUUACGUCUAGUGGGAUUUGCUUCAAAAUGGAGUCUAAAUCAUCGGACAACACGCAGCUACAUCUAUUGCACUCCUCCUGUAUCAGAGAAAACAAGACUGCAGUGAUGCCACUAGGGGCAGACGAGCUCCACUUGGUUGCUAUGUAUUCUAGGAAUAACGAGAGGCAGUAUCCCUGUUUCUGGGGAUUCAUUGUUGCAUCUGGACUGUAUAAUUCUUGUCUUGUCAUGUUGAACCUUAGAUGUCUUGGCAUUGUUUUUGAUCUGGAUGAAACCCUUAUAGUUGCAAAUACAAUGCGCUCAUUUGAGGAUAGAAUUGAAGCUUUGCUGCGUAAAAUAAGCACUGAGGUGGAUCCACAGCGCAUUGCUGGUAUGCAGGCUGAGAUCAAGCGCUAUCAAGAUGACAAGACUAUAUUGAAGCAAUAUGCAGACAAUGAUCAGGUUGUUGAAAACGGGAAGGUGAUCAAAGUUCAGUCAGAGGUUGUUCCAGCGUUGUCUGACAACCAUCAAACUAUUGUUCGGCCACUUAUACGGCUACAAGAGAAAAACAUCAUUCUGACUCGCAUCAACCCGCUGAUUCGUGAUACCAGUGUUCUUGUGAGGUUGAGACCUGCAUGGGAAGAUCUACGGAGCUACUUGACUGCUAGAGGACGCAAGCGUUUUGAGGUCUAUGUUUGCACUAUGGCUGAAAGGGAUUAUGCUCUGGAAAUGUGGAGGCUUCUUGAUCCAGAGUCAAAUUUGAUAAAUACUAAAGAACUGUUGGAUCGCAUCGUGUGUGUCAAAUCUGCAGGUUCAAGGAAGUCAUUGUUCAAUGUCUUUCAAGAUGGAAUUUGCCAUCCUAAGAUGGCACUUGUGAUAGAUGAUCGCUUAAAAGUGUGGGAUGAGAAAGAUCAACCUCGGGUGCAUGUUGUUCCUGCAUUUGCUCCAUACUAUGCUCCUCAAGCUGAAGCAAAUAAUGCAGUUCCUGUCUUGUGUGUGGCGAGAAAUGUUGCUUGCAAUGUUAGAGGCGGUUUUUUCAAAGAGUUUGAUGAUGGUCUUUUACAAAGGAUACCGGAAAUUUCAUAUGAAGAUGAUAUGAAGGAUAUUCCUUUGCCUCCUGAUGUGAGCAACUAUUUAGUUUCAGAGGAUGAUGCUUCUCUCUUGAAUGGAACCAAAGAUCCACUUACUUUUGACGGCAUGGCAGAUGCAGAGGUUGAAAGAAGACUUAAGGAUGCAAUGUCGGCUUCUUCAACAAUCUCUUCAGCCCUCACGAAUCUUGAUCCAAGGCUUGCUUCACUUCAGUACACAAUGCCAACUUCUUCUAGCUCAAUUCCUCUCCCAACAUCUCAAGUGGCAAAUUUGCCAUUUCCCAAUGUGCAGUUUUCUUCAGCAGCUUCAUUAGUGAAACCAUUGGGUCAUGUUCCCCCUCAAGAACCAAGCUUGCAAAGUUCUCCUGCUAGAGAAGAGGGUGAGGUGCCAGAAUCAGAAUUAGAUCCUGAUACUAGGAGGCGACUUCUCAUAUUGCAACAUGGUCAAGAUACCAGAGAUCAGCCACCAAGUGAACCCUCAUUUCCUGUAAGACCUCCGAUGCAAGUUUCAGCUCCACGUGUGCAAUCACGUGGAAGUUGGUUUCCAUCCGAAGAAGAGAUGAGCCCUCGACAGCUGAACCGAGCAGGACCCAAAGAAUUUUCUUUAGAUUCUGAGCCAAUGCAAAUUGACAAGCACCGGCCUCAUCAUCCACCUUUUUUUCCUAAGGUUGAGAGUCCUGUUCCACCUGAUAGACUUCAUGAAAAUCAAAGAUUGACAAAAGAGCCACUUCGUAGAGAUGACCGGUUGAGGUUAAACCAUGCCCUGUCUAGUUAUAAUUCGUUCUCAGGUGAUGAGGUCCCGUUGAGCCGAUCAUCUUCUAGCAACAAGGAUUUUGACUUUGAAUCUGGACGAGAUGUUUCAAGUGUGGAAACUCCAGCUGCAGUUUUACAGGAUAUUGCUAUAAAGUGUGGAGCCAAGGUGGAAUUUAGGCCAGCUUUGGUUGCUAGCAUGGAAUUACAGUUCUCCAUUGAGGCUUGGUUUGCAGGAGAGAAGAUAGGUGAAGGAAUGGGUAAAACAAGAAGGGAAGCCCAACGUCAGGCUGCUGAGGCAUCCAUCAAGAACUUGGCUAACGUAUAUAUGUCACGUGUAAAGCCUGAAUCUGGUUCUGCACAUGGAGAUGUUGGAAGAUUUUCUAACACGAAUGAUAAUGGGUUUUUGGGUAAUUUUAAUUUAUUUGGGAGUCAGCCGUUGCCCAAAGAGGAGUCUGUGUCAUUUUCAACUGUGUCAGAGCCAUCUACAGUUCUAGAUCCAAGGCUGGAGGUCUCUAAGAUACCAAUGGGUUCAGUGUCUGCACUUAAAGAAUUAUGCAUGAUGGAGGGCCUUGGAGUUGCUUUUUCAAAGUUGUCUCCAUCACCAGUUAAUUCCAUCCAGAAAGACGAAGUAUAUGCACAGGUUGAAAUUGAUGGUCAGGUGUUAGGAAAGGGGAUUGGGUCAACUUGGGAUGAAGCUAAAAUGCAGGCUGCUGAAAAGGCCCUUGGGAGCCUAAGGUCAACGUUUGGUCAAUUUCCUCAAAAACGUCAGGGAUCCCCAAGGCCAUUGCAAGGGAUGCCAAGUAAACGUCUAAAGCCAGACUUCCCACGAGUUUUACAGCGAAUGCCCCCUUCUGGUAGAUAUCCCAAGAAUGCUCCUCCUGUUCCUUGAAAGCCCUUAGCAUAUGCUUUUUCAUCCCACGCUUUGGCUAUACUAUUUGGUGGGACAUUUUUAUUGUACAUAACAUAGAGACGAGGAAGGGCUGUUGAGAUCCAGGCUGCCACCAAUUGACCACCUUGUUGCCCCAGAUUGACCUUAUCGCUUCAUUUUGAAUUCUUCCAGCACACGAGGAGACAGACUAUCUUGCCAAGUAACCGUAAUUCUCAGAUGUAAAUUUGGUCUUUCCAGUCCUUUGUCUCUGCAUCGUAGGAGACAAGCGAAGAAACAGGGACCGGCUGACUCAAUGUUGUAUCAUUUUUUCCUCCUGAAAAGAUCCAUAGAAGCCUGACAAGAUUAAAACGGGGUGCCAUGUAGGCGUAGCCUUGAUUUCUUUCAUUCUUGUGGCAGAUGAUGCCAUUUCUGUGCCAAGUUAUUUGGCAGAGCCUUCUUGGGGUGGAAUUGCUUAUGAUGUAUAUUUGUUAAGUGGAAGUUGUGCACUGAGAGGCAAUCAAGGGCAGCUUGAGUUUCUGGUUUUGGGUGUACUCAAGAGUCACAGAAGACACUAUCGUUGUCAUUGUCAUAUAGCCCUUCGUCAAUCCCACCAAUCGGAAGAUUACAUUGAAUUUAGAGUGCUGACAUUGGUGAACAUCUUACUGACUUUACCCGAAAUGAUGUAACACAAGUUUUCACUCAUAAAUCCACGCUCGGGAAUUUUUCAUAUUUGCUUGUUAGUUGUUUUGAUGAAAUGCAUCUCUUAUUUCACGUUUCUUUCUUCCCUGUGGGGGAUCAUGCUUUAAUAGAAAUUGUUUCUUUGAUUGAA